AUGAUGCAGUCUGGGGUGCCCAUUUGCAAUACCUGCGGGGAGCAUGUGGGUUUUGGCGAGAAUGGGGAGGUGUUUGUCGCCUGCCAUGAGUGUAAUUUCCCGAUGUGCAAGGCUUGUAUGGACUUCGAGCUCAAAGAGGGCAGGAAAGUCUGCCUCCGGUGUGGUUCUCCCUAUGAUGAGAGUUCGGUCGUUGAUGUUGACACCAAGGCAUCUGAGGCUAGAUCUGCAAUGGCAUCUCACAUGGAAGCUCCUCAGCAGGAUGUUGGCAUCCAUGCAAGGCAUAUCAGCUGCGUUUCUACCAUUGAUAGUGAAUACAAUGAUGAACAUGGAAAUCCAAUUUGGAAGAAUCGUGUGGAGAACUGGAAAGAUAAAAAGAACAAGAAGAAAAAGCCGCCGGCUAAGGCUAAGGUUGAAACUCAGAUUCCGCCAGAGCAACAGAUGGAAGAGAAGCAAUCUGCUGAAGCUGCAGAGGCUCUUUCAACUGUCAUCCCAGUUCCAAAAAACAAGUUAGCACCAUACAGAACUGUCAUUAUCAUGCGGUUGAUUAUUUUGGUCCUUUUCUUCCACUAUCGAGUGACGAAUCCUGUUGAUAGUGCCUAUGGAUUAUGGCUUACUUCUAUCAUAUGCGAAAUUUGGUUUGCAUUUUCAUGGGUUUUGGAUCAGUUCCCUAAGUGGUCUCCUAUCAAUCGAACCACUUAUAUCGACAGACUAUCAGCAAGGUAUGAGAGAGAGGGGGAACCUUCGGAGCUUGCAGCUGUGGAUUUUUUCGUGAGUACAGUCGAUCCACUGAAAGAGCCACCAUUAAUCACGGCCAAUACUGUUCUUUCGAUUCUUGCGGUGGACUAUCCUGUGGAUAAAGUAUCCUGUUAUGUGUCUGAUGAUGGUGCUGCAAUGCUUACUUUCGAAUCUCUUGCUGAAACGGCCGAUUUCGCAAGGAAAUGGGUCCCUUUCUGCAAAAAAUUCUCAAUUGAGCCCCGAGCACCUGAGUUCUACUUCUCUCAGAGGAUUGACUAUCUGAAGGAUAAGAUUCAGCCUUCAUUCGUGAAGGAACGGAGAGCAAUGAAAAGAGACUACGAAGAGUUCAAAGUGCGAAUUAAUGCUUUGGUGGCAAAAGCUCAAAAGACACCAGAAGAAGGUUGGACUAUGCAGGAUGGAACACCAUGGCCUGGGAAUAAUACUCGUGAUCAUCCUGGGAUGAUCCAGGUUUUCCUUGGAAGCACUGGAGCCCACGAUAUUGAGGGGAAUGAACUUCCUCGACUUGUAUAUGUCUCCAGAGAAAAAAGGCCUGGGUACCAGCACCACAAGAAAGCUGGUGCUGAAAAUGCUCUGGUGAGAGUCUCUGCAGUCCUGACAAAUGCCCCCUACAUCCUCAACCUUGAUUGUGAUCAUUAUGUUAACAAUAGCAAGGCAAUUCGUGAAGCUAUGUGUUUCCUAAUGGACCCAGUAGUGGGACGAGAUGUGUGCUAUGUGCAGUUCCCUCAGAGGUUUGAUGGCAUUGAUCGCAGUGAUCGAUAUGCCAACCGGAACACAGUUUUCUUCGAUGUUAACAUGAAAGGAUUGGACGGAAUUCAAGGGCCAGUUUAUGUGGGUACUGGAUGCAUCUUUAAUAGGCAAGCACUUUAUGGGUAUGGGCCCCCUUCAAUGCCAUCUUUACCAAAGGAUUCCUCAUCAAGCUCAUGGUUCGGAUGCUGUUCUUGUUGCUGCCCUACCAAGAAGAAGCCGGCGAAGGAUCUAACAGAGGUUUACCGAGAUGCCAAACGGGAAGAUCUUAACUCCGCAAUCUUCAACCUCCAUGAAAUUGAGAAUUAUGAUGAAUAUGAGAGGUCAAUGCUCAUCUCCCAGAUGAGCUUCGAGAAGACAUUUGGCAUGUCUUCCGUAUUUAUUGAGUCAACACUGAUGGAGAAUGGAGGAGUUCCUGAUUCUGCCAAUCCAUCUAUGCUGAUUAAGGAAGCGAUUCAUGUAAUUAGUUGUGGAUAUGAAGAGAAGACUGCAUGGGGUAAAGAGAUUGGUUGGAUCUAUGGGUCGGUGACUGAGGACAUCUUAACAGGCUUCAAGAUGCAUUGCCGAGGGUGGAGAUCAAUCUAUUGCAUGCCUUUGAGGCCCGCUUUCAAGGGGUCUGCACCCAUCAACUUGUCUGAUAGAUUGCAUCAGGUUCUUCGGUGGGCUCUUGGGUCCGUGGAAAUUUUCCUAAGUAGGCACUGUCCACUUUGGUACGGAUUUGGUGGGGGGCGCCUUAAGUGGCUCCAGAGGUUGGCAUACAUUAACACCAUUGUUUACCCCUUCACAUCCCUGCCUCUCGUUGCCUACUGCACCAUUCCUGCAAUCUGCCUUCUCACUGGAAAAUUUAUAAUUCCAACGCUCUCAAACCUCGCGAGCAUUUUAUUUCUUGGGCUCUUUCUCUCCAUCAUCGUCACUAGUGUCCUCGAGCUACGAUGGAGCGGUGUCAGCAUUGAAGACUGGUGGCGAAAUGAGCAGUUCUGGGUCAUCGGAGGAGUGUCUGCUCACCUAUUUGCAGUGUUCCAGGGCUUCCUGAAGAUGCUUGCCGGCGUUGACACUAACUUCACUGUCACUGCCAAGGCUGCGGAUGAUGCAGAAUUUGGUGAGCUAUAUGUGAUCAAGUGGACAACCGUCUUAAUCCCUCCUACGACCCUUCUCAUUGUGAAUCUUGUGGGAGUGGUUGCUGGAUUCUCAGACGCGUUAAAUAAAGGGUACGACGCUUGGGGUCCACUCUUUGGGAAGGUGUUCUUUGCUUUCUGGGUCAUCCUCCACCUCUACCCCUUCUUGAAAGGUCUCAUGGGAAGGCAGAACAGGACACCUACAAUCGUUGUUCUUUGGUCAGUGUUACUUGCCUCUGUUUUCUCCCUUGUUUGGGUAAAGAUCGACCCAUUCGUGAGCAAUGCUGAGAGUGGGGCAGCAACUCAGGGAUGCAUCUCUAUAGAUUGUUGAAUGGAAAAGGCUUUGGCUUCUUCUUGUUACGUUUUGAUGAGGCAAGUGGCGAUGAAGUUUUGCGUACUUGUAUUGGGGUGUUAGUGUUGCAUUGUUCAGUACAUGAACUGAAACUCUGUUAAGAGCAACUUAUUAGCGUAGGAAAUGGAUAUCUCAUAAAUUGAAGCAAAUGAUGUGUUUAGUUCUUAUCGUUCAUUUCUUGAUUGCUGUAUUUAAUUAGCUUUGGUACGAAUAUCACAUGUAUGCACUAACAGUGUUAUCAUCGGUUCUUAAGUAGAUCUGAUGGACCCUAUA